ACGGCGGAGCGCGUCGCGGAGGCGGAGCUCGGCUUCGGGAAAAGCCCGUACGGCGGAGUGCGCAUGCGUGUGGGGAAGGUGACUUUCAGGGGGGCAGCGCGAUGCUCAGCAAGCUCGUGGCGCCGCGCUACCGGCAGCAGUUGCGCAACUGGAUGCCUUCAAUGGCCACGUGGUGCUCAGUGGGCGUUGUGGGGAUGAUAUGGGUCACAGACUGGAAACUGAUCCUCAAUUAUGUCCCCUGGAUCAACGGCAAGUUCAGAACAGAUAACUGAGCGGGGCCAGGAUGCUUUCACUCUGACCAGCUCCUUUAGCUCGUGAGACUUUCAAAACACCUGGUGCCAACUUCUGUGAGAUGGAGUGAUCGCUUCACAUCUUACUGUUCAAGAAGGGAAUAAACCUUGCAAGAUGGUCCUGUGAAAACAAGAAAACUUUUUGCAGCAUGUGGGCCUGUGCAGAACUGUAGAAUGUUGUUUGUCCCUGUUUGAUGUGAUGGGUUUCACCCAGGAAGUUGGCCAAUUAAAGUGAUCCAAAUACAAA